AGUUCCAAUGCUAAGCAUUACGUUGGCGUGAUGAGUGACAAAUUAUGGGAAUCUGUGAAUCCGUCUCACAAACUUGUGCAAAUUGUCCGAGUGAGAAAGGAUUUACCGACUGAAACAUAUCUCAAUUCUCUAGCCUCCCUUGUGAUUGCGAGCAAAAUUUAUAUUCAUCUAUCGACGAAAAUGCAUUUUAUGGAAAUUUUUAAGCUACUAAUGCAUCCCGACGUCAUUUUGUUAUCUAUCGUUUUGGAGAUGUCAGGCACGGUCACGUUUAUGUGUAGGGGUGCUGUGAAUAUAAUAAUAGAAAAACUCAAGGAGCUGAACCCACAAGAAGGACGCGCUCUCCAGCCAGCGGCGCUGCAAAGGAACCCUCAAGGGCACCCUACUGAAUUUGUUGGAUUACCGACAAAGCAAGGUGAUCCUCUGGAGAAGAAUUUCGCAAGGUACAAGGUGAUGUACAAACCAGCGUACCCAACCUUUCCGCUGGUGGACGCCUUUUUCUUCACGGAGUCACCGCGGAGGACACUGGUUGGGCUGCAGAUGACUACGGCACAUGAUCACCACACCAAAACCGGCACUGUGAGGCAGUUCACCGAGUACCUAUCGUGGUUCUUUACGAAUUGGGGUGAAUUUUCUAAAGGAUUGUCGUGGGAUAUUAUUUAUAUCCAACACGCAGACAGCACGCCGAUGGAAAACUGGCAGAGAUGUGAUUACGUCAAUCCCAGAAGCCGUGAGGAAAAAAAAAUUGUGGAGUUCUGGGACGGAAAGCUACACCAAUACCAGUUUGUGUUAACAACUGAAUUUGUAAGGAAAAUGCGAGAAAUGAAAAUGUAA